ACCUGGUGUGGGAGCAUCCUGGGGACCCUUGUCCCUUUGGGGUACAGCCUCACAGAGGAGACCUGCUGAGCAGCUCUUGUUGAAUGGUACUUUAGUCUGAGUUUUCCCAGAAGAAGAUGCUGAGACAAGGAUUCAAAUCUAAGUUUAUUUGGGAGGUGAUCCCAGGAAACAUGGUGGAGGAGUAGGGAAGUGAGGCAGGAAAGGGAAGAGGACCAAUCGAGGGUAUGGUACGAAGCAAGUGACCACAGUGGGCCUGAUGAGCUUAACCCCAUGGGGACCUCUGCGACACAGUAUAGGACAUGCCCCUUGGACUUUUCCCACUCAAAGGGUAAGGGAGCUGGGGUAUUAAUCCACCAGCUCCCUGGUAGUCAUUGGUUAAGGGCUGCUUCUGGGGUAGGAUGGAGGGUUGUCCACUUCCUGCCACGUCCAGCCAGAGAAAGCCCUCAGACAGAUGUAAAUGCUGGGAAGGUCAAGCUGACACACAUCAAGGUGGUAAAGGCUUAAAGGCUGGGUGCGGUGGCUCAUGCCUGUAAUCCCAGCACUUUGAGAGGCCAAGGCGGGUGGAUCACCUGAGGUCAGGAGUUUGAGACCAGCCUGACCAACAUGGUGAAACCCUGUCUCUACUAAAUAAUAAUUUAAAAAAAAAGUUGCCAGGCAUGGUGGUGCAUGCCUGUAAUCCCAGCUACUUGGGAGGCUGAGGCAGGAGAAUCGCUUGAACCCAGGAGGCAGAGAUUGCAGUGAGCCAAGAUUGCACCAUUGCACUCCAGCCUGGGCAACAAGAGCAAAAACUCCAUCUCAAAAACAAAAAACAAACAAACAAAAAAGGCUUAGGGCACAUGGGACUGGGAGAGGUCCUAAAAGCCCCAGCCUUAGAUCACUGUGAGGCUGUGAUCCUGAGACGUUGGCCAGUUAUCUCAAGUAGAAAAAGACAAGACAAGGGUAUGUGCAGAGCACAUGGGAAUGCUUGUGUGGUAGGGUCAUUCUUAAACCCACACCUGAGAACCACUAGUGUAGGGCAGAGGUUGUCAACCUUGACUGCAGGUUAGCAUCACCUGGGUAAUUUUAAAUAGAAUGCCAGGGAUCAAGGGACAACAGGGUGAGAGAAUUGGGCACUGUCUCUCAAACCACUGUCUGUGAGCUGGGUCCAGGCAUUCUUUUGGGGCAUGUUAAUGAAUUGCAACGUGAUCCCAAGAGCAGAGGGAAUUCAGUAAAGGGUUUUAUGUAGGAAGGUGACAUGGAGAAGUUUAUGAGCUGGGAAUGUCUUUCUGGUCAUGGAGUAGACUUAGGAUGGGUUUCCCACCAGCAGAACCAAUACCUUUUUAUAACAAAUAGUUUGUAAUACCGUUUUCCUAUUAGGAAAUGAAAUCCAUACAUUAUAAAACCUACCUCUACACAUAAUGCCCUAACCAUAACCAUAAAGGCAAACUAGAAGGAAUGUAGUUUAUAGUAAAGUAGUGUGUGUUUCCAUGUAUGCGUGCUUGGGCACUGUGAUGGUAGAAGUGAUGAAGUCACGAGAAGCCUGCAUCUACAUGUGAACUCAUCGUGAGUACAGAUACAGACGGGGUGUUGGGGACUCAGGUUUCAGAAUUGGAGGCAUUGCUCUUAGUGGCAAGAUUUUCUUUUUUUUUUUUUUUUUUUUGAGACAGAGUCUCACUUUGUCACUCAGGCUAGAAUACAGUGGUGCAAUCUCAGCUCACUGUGACCUCCCCCUCCCAGGUUCAAGCGAUUCCCAUGUCUCAGCCUCCUGAGUAGCUGACAUUACAGGCAUGCACCACCACACCCGGCUAAUUUUUGUAUUUUUAGUAGAGGCGGGGUUUCACCAUUUGGGCCAGGCUGGUCUUGAACUCCUGACCUCAAGUGAUCUGCCUGUCUUGGCCUCCCAAAGUGCUUGGAUUACAGGCAUGAGCCACCACGCCCAGCCAGGAUUUUCUAAAGUGAGUGACCGUCUCCCAAUAAAGUUUCCCAGAGAACAAAGUAGAAUUUUCCUUCAAUUUACCUGAAAAUUGCAUUCUUGGAAAAUCUAGAAUGUGGUAUAUUAAAAAGUAAUGUAAAAAGUAUUUUAUGUCUAUGUAUAAAAUGAAAUUUUAGACUCAGAUAAUUAUAGAAAGGCCUUUUGCCUAUACAAAUGCCCAUUGGGAUGUUAGAAUCUCUUGCAGGGCAUGGACAAUGCUUUGUUUUACAUUAUUGUCUUUCUGCCGUUCCUGCUCCCCACCCCCUUAAAGGCCAGAAGUACUAACUCAAUAGUUUUGAUGACCAAGGACCCCCAUAAAUUGCCAAGGCGGUAUUACUCCUAGUGGGAACCAGUGCUAAAGGAGAUAGGAUGGAGGACUCCAUGAUUACGUAGACAGAGGAGCUGUGGAGAAGGAAGUUGAGAGAGCCAAGGUUUGAAAACCAUGGUGCACAUGCCUGUAGUCCUAGCUAUUCUGGAGGCUGAGGCAAGAGGAUCACUUGAGGCCAGCAGUUCAAGACCAGCCUGGGCAACAUAGCGAGACACUAAAAAAAAGAAAUUAGCCAAGCAUGGUGGCUUGAAUAUGUAAUCUCAUCUAUGUAGGAGGAUCGCUUGAGCCCAGGAGUUUGAGGCUGCAAUGGGCUAUGAUCACGCCACUGUAUUCCAGCCUGGGCAACAGAGCGAGACCUCAUCUCAAAAAAAAUCAAGAAAAAAGAAAACCAUUGUGCAUUGCAGUCACCUGAAGCCCUUGUUGAAACCCUGUAUUCCCUGCCCAGGGAUUCAGAUUCAGGGGAUGGAGCAGGAAGGGAGCUGGGGCAGAGGAUGAGACUAUAGCACCCUGGAAUCUGCAUUCUGAUGCACACCAAUGUCUGAGAACCAUUCAGCCUGGGUCCUCUGGUGGGCAAAGUGAAGGAGUACCAGGUGGAGACCAUCGUGGACACCCUGUGCACCAACAUGCGGUCAGACAAGGAGCAGCUGCGAGACAUCGCCGGCAUUGGCCUCAAGACCGUCCUCUCGGAGCUCCCACCUGCAGCCACAGGCUCCGGGCUGGCCACCAACGUGUGCCGGAAGAUCACAGGCCAGCUCACCAGUGCCAUUGCCCAGCAGGAGGAUGUGGCUGUGCAGCUGGAAGCCCUGGACAUCCUCUCUGACAUGCUGAGCAGGCUGGGUGCCCCGCUGGGCGCCUUCCACGCCAGCCUCCUGCACUGUCUGCUGCCACAGCUGAGCAGCCCGCGCCUGGCGGUGCGCAAGCGAGCGGUCGGAGCGCUUGGCCACCUGGCGGCCGCCUGCAGCACCGACCUCUUCGUCGAGCUCGCUGACCACCUACUGGAACGGCUGCCAGGCCCGCGGGUGCCCACCAGCCCGGCUGCCAUCCGCACCCUGAUCCAAUGUUUGGGCAGCGUCGGCCGCCAGGCCGGCCACCGCCUCGGGGCUCACCUGGACCGCCUGGUGCCCCUGGUGGAGGAUUUCUGCAACCUGGAUGAUGAUGAGCUCCGGGAGUCCUGCCUCCAGGCUUUUGAGGCCUUCUUGAGGAAGUGCCCCAAGGAAAUGGGCCCUCACGUGCCCAACGUGACCAGCCUCUGCCUCCAGUACAUAAAACAUGACCCCAACUACAACUAUGACAGUGAUGAGGAGCAGAUGGAGACAGAGGAUAGUGAAUUCAGUGAGCAAGAGAGUGAAGACGAGUACAGCGAUGACGAUGACAUGAGCUGGAAGGUGCGCCGGGCAGCUGCCAAGUGCAUCGCAGCCUUGAUCAGCUCUCGGCCUGACCUGCUGUCUGAUUUCCACUGUACCCUGGCACCUGUGCUCAUCUGCCGCUUCAAAGAACGCGAGGAGAAUGUCAAGGCUGAUGUCUUCACUGCUUACAUCGUGCUGCUGCGGCAAACACGGCCCCCGAAGGGAUGGCUGGAGGCCAUGGAGGAACCCACCCAGCCCGGCAGCAACCUCCAUAUGCUACGUGGACAGGUGCCUCUCGUGGUCAAGGCCCUGCAGCGGCAGCUUAAAGAUCGGAGCGUCAGAGCCCGCCAGGGAUGCUUCAGCCUCCUCACUGAGCUGGCGGGUGUCCUCCCCGGCAGCCUGGCCGAGCAUAUGCCUGUGCUGGUAUCAGGCAUCAUCUUCUCGCUGGUCGACCGCUCCAGCUCCUCCACCAUCCGGAUGGAUGCCCUGGCCUUCUUGCAGGGGCUGCUGGGCACCGAACCAGCUGAGGCCUUCCACCCACACUUGCCUACCCUCCUGCCACCUGUGAUGGCCUGUGUGGCUGACCCUUUCUACAAGAUUGCAGCGGAGGCCCUGGUGGUGCUACAGGAGCUGGUGCGGGCCCUGUGGCCGCUGGAAAGGCCGCGGAUACUGGAUCCUGAGCCAUAUGUUGGAGAGAUGUCUGCAGUCACCCUGGCGCGACUCCGUGCCACUGACCUGGACCAGGAGGUGAAGGAGCGGGCCAUUUCCUGCAUGGGCCACCUUGUAGGCCACCUGGGUGACCGGCUUGGGGAUGACCUGGAGCCCACGUUACUGCUCCUCCUGGAUCGCCUGCGGAAUGAGAUCACCCGGCUGCCCGCCGUCAAGGCACUUACGCUGGUGGCCGUAUCCCCACUACAGCUUGACCUACAGCCCAUCCUAGCCGAGGCACUGCCCAUUCUGGCCUCAUUCCUGCGGAAGAACCAGCGGGCUUUGCGACUGGCCACACUGGCAGCCCUGGACGCCCUGGCCCAGAGCCAGGGCCUCAGCCUCCCACCGUCUGCCGUGCAGGCCGUGCUGGCUGAGCUGCCUGCCCUGGUCAACGAGAGUGACAUGCAUGUGGCCCAGCUGGCUGUGGACUUCCUUGCCACAGUGACCCAGACCCAGCCAGCCUCUUUGGUGGAGGUCAGCGGCCCUGUGCUCUCAGAGCUGCUGCGGCUGCUGCAUUCGCCCCUGUUGCCAGCCGGGGUUCUGGCAGCCGCUGAAGGCUUCCUGCAGGCCCUGGUGGGGAGCCGUCCCCCGUGUGUGGACUAUGCCAAACUCAUCAGCCUGCUCACUGCGCCUGUUUAUGAGCAGGCUGUGGAUGGUGGGCCUGGCCUGCACAAGCAGGUGUUCCACUCAUUGGCCCGGUGUGUGGCAGCCCUCUCAGCUGCCUGUCCCCAAGAGGCAGCAAGCACAGCCAAUCGCCUGGUCUGCGAUGCCAGGUCGCCCCACUCCAGCACGGGGGUCAAGGUCCUGGCAUUCUUGUCGCUGGCUGAGGUGGGUCAGGUGGCUGGGCCAGGCCCCCAGCGGGAGCUGAAAGCGGUGCUCCUGGAAGCUUUGGGGUCACCCAGUGAGGAUGUGAGGGCUGCAGCCUCGUAUGCACUGGGCCGCGUGGGUGCUGGCAGCCUGCCCGACUUCCUGCCCUUCCUGCUGGAGCAGAUUGAGGCUGAGCCCCGACGACAGUACCUGCUGCUGCACUCACUCAGGGAGGCCCUGGGGGCCGCCCAGCCUGACCGCCUGAAGCCCUACGCCGAGGACAUCUGGGCCUUGCUGUUCCAGCGCUGCGAGGGCGCUGAGGAGGGCACCCGGGGGGUGGUGGCCGAGUGCAUUGGGAAGCUGGUCCUUGUGAACCCUUCGUUCCUUCUGCCCCGCUUGCAGAAGCAACUUGCUGCAGGUCGGCCACACACCCGGAGCACCGUCAUCACAGCGGUCAAGUUCCUCAUCUCGGACCAGCCCCAUCCCAUUGACCCCCUCCUGAAGAACUUCAUCGGAGAGUUCAUGGAGAGCCUGCAGGACCCAGACCUGAACGUGCGCCGUGCGACUCUGGCUUUCUUCAACUCAGCUGUGCACAACAAGCCCUCGCUAGUCCGGGACCUGCUGGAUGACAUCCUGCCCCUCCUCUACCAGGAGACAAAGAUCCGGCGGGACCUCAUCCGAGAGGUGGAGAUGGGGCCCUUUAAACAUACAGUGGACGAUGGGCUGGACGUGCGGAAGGCGGCCUUUGAGUGCAUGUAUUCACUGCUUGAGAGCUGCCUGGGCCAGCUGGAUAUCUGUGAGUUCCUGAACCAUGUGGAGGACGGGCUGAAGGACCACUACGACAUCCGGGGCUGGCUGCUGCUCUUGCUCCUGCACCAUUUCACUAAGAACUGUCUCCCGUCUCCUUCCUCUGGGCAGAUGCUGACCUUCAUUAUGCUUGCCCGGCUGGCCACCCUGUGUCCUGCACCUGUCCUGCAGAGGGUGGACCGACUCAUUGAGCCACUAAGGGCCACCUGCACUGCCAAGGUCAAAGCUGGUUCUGUGAAGCAGGAGUUUGAAAAGCAAGAUGAACUGAAGCGCUCUGCAAUGAGGGCAGUGGCUGCCCUGCUGACCAUCCCCGAGGUGGGGAAAAGCCCCAUCAUGGCCGACUUCUCUUCCCAAAUCAGAUCCAACCCCGAACUUGCUGCCCUCUUUGAAAGCAUCCAGAAGGAUUCUGCUUCAGCCCCCAGCACAGACUCAAUGGAGCUCAGCUAGUCCCCUCAGCACCAAGGUGGGCCCUCGCUUAAGAGAAAGGAGCCCACCCCAAGCCCGAGGCCUCCCCAUCCCACCACCGCAGGUCUCUACUUUUGCCCUUCCACCAUUUCACUGGGGGCCCUGCCGCUCCUGGUCAGGGCUUACAGUGCCUUCUCCAGGGACCCAACUCAAAGGCCCCCAGCCCAAGCUGUGAGGCUGCCAACAGUUGGGCCCCUUCCUUAACUCAGGACAGUCAUCCAAAGAAAUAGGGUGAGGAAAUUUUCAGUGACUUCACACUGUACCCCUCCAUAGUCUGUCUAGUUCCUUCAGAGGGUGUCUCUGCCUCACAAACUAGUAGUAUUUAGAAAUAGGCUGUGCUGUCACAGCUGUAAAAGGUCAGGAGGCAGCAGACACCACUCUGGUUUCUUCACUGCAUUCAGCAAUGCCUGAAGUUAGUGCUCAGGCCGGGCGUCCCAAAAGAAAAGAUACUUGAGUUAUUCACAUUUUAAAAUUCAAAACGGUUCAUUUUUAAGUGGCAGUGAUGAAUCAGAAAUUUGGAAGAUACGGGUUUCUUUUUUCCAGGGAGGAGGAAUGGGUUGGGUAGGGAACUGGACAGGCUUGGACCUCAUGUUUAUUUCAAAAUACUUACUAGCAAAUUGGGCAACAAGGAAGUACACAUCUUCCAUGCCACCACCCAGGCAUAACCAGUUGGUUUGUUUCCUUCUGAGGAAGGUUUCAAAUGUGUCUAGUGUUUAGUAUUGAGGACAAAGAAAUACAAGUGGCAGGCCCAAGUAUUUUCUGUGAUAUCCCAGAUUAAAUAAAGAUUAAAUUCUAAGUUA